AUGCAGUUAGACACAUUGGAAGAACGCUUGUUUUAUCCUUCUGAGAUGAAGGACGAUUUCUCAAAGAGAAUUUUCAUGAGAUCCAACUUUUUAUUCAACCAUCCAGAAACUGGAUCGUUACCUAAGGAGAUGGCAAAUGAUGACAUUAUUAUGGGAAUGGCCGCGAAAUAUACUGCGAUACAUCUGCACCAUGCGCCCCCCUCCUACCACUACCUUCCAAAAUUUCAGAACUCCGAUUUUACCAUAGCACAAAUGAGGUCAUCCAACUUAUUAGUGAUCAUGAGAAAGAAGUAUCUAUUCGUUGCAUUCUUUGACUAUUUACCUUUCCCUGCUCUGAAAGAAAAUGAAGAGGAUCCGUACACAUUGCUCUUUCAGAAAGGAUGGAUUAAGUUUCGCAUUAAUUAA